AUGUGUGACGUUGUUUUAGGUGCCCAAUGGGGUGACGAAGGAAAAGGUAAAUUAGUUGAUAUUCUUUGUGAUGAUAUCGAUGUUUGUGCUAGAUGUCAAGGAGGUAAUAAUGCGGGACACACUAUCGUUGUGGGUAAAACUAAGUACGACUUUCAUAUGUUACCUUCGGGUUUAGUUAAUCCUAAAUGCUUGAAUCUCUUGGGAUCUGGGGUCGUUGUACACGUUCCUUCUUUUUUCAGUGAGUUGGAAAAUUUGAAACAAAAGGGCUUGAACUGUGAUGGUAGAUUAUUUGUCUCUUCAAGGGCACAUUUAGUUUUUGAUUUCCACCAGAGAACUGAUAAGUUAAAGGAAGCGGAGUUAUCCGAGAAUAAAAAAUCAAUUGGUACCACCGGUAAGGGAAUUGGACCAACAUAUUCUACCAAAUCUUCGAGGUCUGGUAUAAGAGUCCAUCACCUAGUUUCUGAUGCUCCUGGAGCAUGGGAAGACUUCAAGACUAGAUAUUACCGUUUGGUGAAUUCUAGAUAUAAGAGAUACGGUGAAUUUGACUACGACGUUGAGGAGGAGUUGGCCAGAUAUAAGAGCUAUAGGGAAGCUCUUAGGCCAUUUGUCGUAGAUUCAGUUGAAUUCAUGCACAGAGCGAUCGACGAAAAGAAGAAAAUCUUGGUUGAGGGUGCUAAUGCUUUAAUGUUGGACUUAGAUUUUGGUACUUAUCCAUACGUCACAUCUUCUGCAACAGGUAUUGGUGGUGUUUUGACUGGUUUAGGUAUCCCUCCUAGGGCAAUUAGAAAUAUAUAUGGUGUUGUUAAGGCCUAUACUACCAGAGUUGGUGAAGGUCCUUUCCCCACUGAGCAGUUAAAUAAAGAUGGUGAAACUUUGCAAUCUGUUGGCGCCGAAUUUGGUGUUACUACAGGCAGAAAGAGGAGAUGUGGCUGGUUAGAUUUGGUUGUCUUGAAACAUUCCACAUUGAUCAAUGGCUACACGUCUUUGAAUAUUACAAAGUUGGAUGUUUUGGAUAGCUUUAAGGACAUUAAAGUCGGCGUAUCUUAUUCAUACAAGGGUAAGAAGCUCGAAGGAUUCCCUGAGGAUUUACUCAAGUUGGCCGAUGUUGAUGUUGAUUAUGUCACAUUGCCAGGUUGGGAACAAGAUAUCACUAAAAUUAAGAACUAUAAUGAUUUGCCUGAGAAUGCUAAGAAAUAUUUGAAAUUUAUCGAAGAUUUCUUGCAUGUUCCUAUUCAAUGGGUUGGUGUAGGUCCAGCUCGUGAUUCCAUGUUAGAAAAACUGAUUAACUAA